AUGGCUGACUCGCCUAUCAUGAAUGCGCCCUUAGGGCCCCAAGAGAAGCCAAUAUUGGACCAACUCCUCUUGGUCAGGGACAAGCUGCUUCUUUUGAAGCAGGACAAAAGCACAUACCUCAAAUCCUCUGAUGUUCUACCGCUAUACGAACAAGUCAUCGAGCAAGUGUCCCUGCUGAAUGAACUCCGCGGAACGGAGCAUCUGGUACAGAACCGCGUCGAUACCGUCCUAGACGACUGCCUACAACUGAUCUCCCUAUUCUUCAUGGCUGUCGGACGCAAUAACGAGGCGCCCGCCUUGUAUGCCAUGACCGGGAACAUCACCCGCCUGUGCCAUCAUCUGAAAGAGGCGGCCUUUUAUAGCAAGAAGGACCUGACCAGUCUCCAAAGCACAAUCGCAAAGAUGGAGGCUACGCUGGAGAAUGGGACAGACAAAUACUCUCAUCAUUUGCUGACAAGGAUACAACAUCGCCUGGAAGUGUGCAAAGCAAUGUUAAGAGAAUUGUGGGAUUUCCUCGCGACUCUGUCUCCAGAAAUGACUCCCACCUGGGAGAAGUUGGUUUCAAUCCUGCGGGCGCUCGCAGCCUUGAACACCAGAAGCAAGUAUAGUCAGAAAGAUCUGGACGAACUACGCAAACAACUACUACAGAUUCAAGCCACCAUGAAAGACGGCCAGUUGCCGGACGAGUCGGGCAACACUCCGUCAGGACAAGACCUUGUAGUGCCUUUACUGAACAGGUGCCUGAGGUUCGCUGAAAUGGUCGAGGAGAGAAAAGGCAAGAUCGAUGAGCGAUUCAAGGAUCUUUACGAUCAACUCAUCGAAAUUCGCAAUCAGCUUGAUCGAUUGACCAUGACCCAAGCCUGGUCGCUGCGUGAGACCGAUCUGUUUAUGUGGCAACGGAAGUUGGAUCGUAUUGAUGACUCCCGACAAGACGGCAACUUCUUUGACGCGGAGGGCCAUCCGGCAGACUUGCACGCACAAAGAACCCUACUAUAUCUCAUCCGUCGCGGUUAUGCCUUCAUCUACCAGCUUUUGGUUGCUUCGGAGCCGGUUUCGGAGGCCCUUCUACCCAUCUACAACCAGUUGUUGACGCUGCGGAGAUGUCUGGUCGAGGUUAAGAAAGCAGGGGGCGUGUCAAAUCCCCGUGAAUUAUAUCCCUAUAGCAUGAAACUCAAUUCCAUCGACAACAUGCGGGUGGACGGCAAAUUCCAGAUUGGAAAAGACAUCCCAGAAGGUCAAGGAAGCGUCAACGAUCUGCUGGCGGAAUGCUAUGACCUUGCCUACGACCUAAGGACGGCUGCCGAGGAGGAGAAUGAGGAAUCAUGA